UUUAAGAACAAAGUUGCAAGGACUGAGCAAUCAAUCAUUUUGUUUCAAACUUUUACUUCAUUAAAGCGAAAUGUUUUGCAGUUAGGUGUUUUGCACAAGGAUGGCAACGAUUGGAAAUUCUGGUCAUCCAUUGAAGUGGUUUAAGGACCAGAAUGCGGCCAGAAAUUACUGGGAAUGCGCAAUAUGUCUGGAGGUUUUAAAAGACCCUGUGCAAAUACGAGAUUGCGGACAUCAAUUUUGUGAGCUCUGUAUUGAAGAUAUUCUCAAGGUUGAUCCUCGAUGCCCUACAUGUAGAAUUGACAUAUCAGGUGCCAAGAUAUUUGAAGAUCAAGCUGCAAGAAGAAUGAUCAAUCAACUUGAUGUAAAUUGUUGUAAUGAAGGAUGUAGCUGGGUGGGGUGUUUAACCUCUUUACUACAGUGCUGACAAUGUCAAUCAACUUGAUGUUGGUAAACUUGAGAAAAAACUUGAAACUCUCAUGAUGAAAGUUUUUACCUUGG